GACGUUGUAUAUCACGAAUGUCGGCUAAUCGACAAUGCGUUGAGAAUUACGUUAAUUUUUACAAAUUUAGAGCCAUUGUAGCAGUUUAUUGUGUUUUUACAGUUUUGUGGAUUUCCUCCUUUUCGUGAUGAAUCACUUGUUUAAAUUGCUAGAUCAGAGUCCAAGAGAAAGAUGCUCAUCACCACCAUCAAAUGAAAUCGAAUCUCCACGAUUGGAUACGUUGGGUGCAAAAGCCAAAAAAUUCUUUUCGAGGAUGAACAUGUUCACAAAGGUCAGAGAAUUUCGUGAUAGCACUCCUGAUACGCGUACUGAUACGUGUUCAAAAACUACGAAAUCUCCAUCAAGAAAGCUUCGUAAUGAAAUCAAAGUAUCGAAAAGCUGGAGCAGCGAUGUUUUUCAGGAUAGUAUUUUCGGUUCCACCUCGUACCAUUCGGCCACUUGCAAAAGUUAUAAUUGUAAUGAGAGAUCAUGGCAAAUAGAAACAGAAAAUCAUAAUCCGCCUAAAAGUGCUGGUACGUACAAGACGGAUACUGAUUUGUCUUGGUCAAUUAGCGAAAAAGAAUGGAACUUGACAUCGUCGUUUUUAUCUUUAGAAGAAUUUUAUCCUAACGAAGAUGAGAAUUCAAGAGAAAUGUCUACAGGCAAUGAUGAACCAAGGGUUAAAAAAAUGCCUUUAAAAAAUACUGAGCAGGAGUCCGAAUCCGAUGCUUCUUUCAAAUCAUUGAAAAUCAGUUUUAUUGGGGAAUUUAAAGAUGAAAACGAAGUACGAUCAAAAAUCCCUUACGAGGAUGUGGACCUAUCUUUUAUGCCUUUAGAGAAUGUCACCCAGGACGGAAUUGAUAACACUAAAGACAAAGUGAAAGAAGGAAAUGAUUGUUGGUUAGGGGAAGAUAAUCUUGAAAUAUUGGAUAUGGACCUAACAUUAGAUAUACCUAAAUCCCAGUGUAUGAUGAACCAUGUAGAACCUUGUGAAAAUGAAAGCAAGAAUAAUGAUAGUGAUAAUGCAAAUAACAUUAAAUUGUCUAUGUCAUCUUAUAAGUCAUGCGACAGUGAAAAUAUGUCUGAGGAUUUGGCAACUCUCACAAGUAUCAAUGAAUUGAAUCCAUUGGACGUUGGUAUACUUAUGAAUGAUUCAUCAGAAAAAAUAGAAAAUGCAGAUAUUAAAGAAGAGUGUCUAAUGAAUAACGACAUGCAUGAAGUAUCAGUAGAGAAGCCAAGAACACCAUUGCUGGACAAUGCAGAUAAUCUGGAAGUCAUAGAAUCCUCCAAUCGAAAAUUAUAUGAUAAUAAUAUGGAGAAUAUACAAGAAAUGGAAAUUUCAUUAAAGCGAUCGUUGACGCUUGAAAAUCAAUCAGAAAAUUCAAGUUCCUUUUAUGAUUUUUUGAAUGUAUCCAAUAUCGAAUCACCUGGAGAUAAACAUCUUUUGGAAACGGAUGAGAUGAUUCAUACGGAGGAAAACAAUGAAACUCCUGGUCAUAAAAGAUUUCAGAAGACUUCUUCACCAAAAUCUAUCUCAAAUGAUUCAGGAUAUCAGAAUCAUUCAUCAGCAUCAAGUACUGAAAGGUCAUCGCUCAGCGCUGUAACAAGCGACUCCAGAGACGUAAGCUAUGAACCAAAAAUAGUGACAGAUUUAGCAAACAUUUCAGACUUGUAUGUAACUGCGAUGGAAGAUUCGGUGAAAAAUGAAAACGAUUGUCUGAUGAUGAAAACCUCCGACUUGUUGAAACAAUAAGUGUGAACUUCAAUAGUUAAUUGCUUCGUAUUUUAAUUUGUUUAAUUAAUAGUCAUUCUAAAUAACUGUUAAACUUUGUAUAAAUGUCAUGUUAAAGGAAAAUAAAAAUAUUUCAAUGUUCCUUGUAAAGCUAAUUCGUGUUACAUUUUUUCUAAUCUAUUAGCUAUACUUAGAAUACCUACUGAACUAAUUGUUCGAUAAGAUUUAACAAUAUGAUAGGUAAAGUCUAAUAUGAAAACAACAAGAUGUAUGUAUUAAGUAUCACAAUUUUUGACUGCGCUCGUUUGUAAGAGCAAUUCAUAAAUGUUACUAGUCAUAUUUAAAAAUAAUUUGUCACGUGAAAACUCAAUAGUAACUGUCAAAUGGUAAGAAUUGUAGGCCGGAGGUUAGAAUUGAUUUUCAAAAUUUCGGCCGAUCCAACCAAAAUGUAACUUUCAAAAAUAAAUAUAAACAUACAUACACGGAAUGAAACUAUCAUCGCAUCAACCUUGUCUCUUUCUAAAUCAAUAAAUUGACAAUAUCAGCAUUAUACUCAGUCUUGAAUUAUUACCCGUAACAAGACAUCGAGAAACCUGAAGAGAAAAUAAAUUUUCAUAAUUUUGAUUACAGAGAAUGACCGUGUUCUCGGAUCCUUCCCGCAUACAAAGCGAUCUAUGUACCCUCUCCGAAGAUUUGACAUCCCAUACCGACGAUAUAAAUAUCUUAGGAUUGGUAGCGGAUCUAAUCCUUACUCUGCUUGGUUGCAUCGUCCUGAAAAUCGAUCACAUACCAAAUACAACACGAUACAAAGAAUUGCUCUCUGAUUCAGCAUUAAAUUUUUUACGAAACGAUCUAGAGAAUUUACUUCGUUUCGAAACGAAAGACCUGAACUCUCUUCUCCUAGAUAUAUCAAGGAUUCGUAAUACGAAGAAAAACAGAGACGCUCAUGGUUCAACUUUUAAAAUUUGCGACAAAGAUCAGACAUCGGGAGAAGAAGGAAAGUGUUUACUGAGACGUACAGUUCUUAGCGUGAUGGGAUUUUUAAUUUUUCGAAGAUCAAAAAAGAGUUUUGUCGUCAUGAAAAAUUCCUCAAUGAAUUCAUCCAAUGUGGACCUUAUGAGUUUUCAUUCUAAUGAAACGGUUACCAAAAAGGUUAUGUCAACGGAUACUUACGUUUGUCAAAAUUCUUUUGAAGAAAGUAACAAUGUCAAAGAUAUGUGCAAAAUAGAACCAACUUUCACGGCAAAUGAUACUUACAUGGUGGAAUCUUCUUUUGGACAAACAUAUUUGAAUGAUUUUUCAUUGGAAAGGAUCUUUAUCAAUCAUGAUAAUCAUAGUACAAUGAGAAAUGAUUAUAUCACAACUGAAACGUUUAAUAACUGCAAAUCGCCAAGGUCAUCAACCGGAAGUAACACGAGAAGACAAAGAUCGCGUAAGGGAAGAUUUUUUGGUACUUAUAAGAAAAUAAAAAAAAUUCAUGCAGCAGGAAUCUGCAAGAAGUGCUCAAUGCCGUUAGUUCCCUUAAAAGGGACAAAGUUGUGCAAUAAAAAGUACAAGACCUGGAAAAAACUUGCAAACGCAUCGAUAAUUAGUAAUUUGGAAAUAUGCGAAAGUGAAAAUGACGAUAAUUGUAAAUCAAAGGAUACGAACCAUGUUUGUUCCAAAAUUUACUGUCCACUUUGUUAUGGCUGGUUAUGGAUGCCAAUUUAUUAUUCCUUUCUCCUUAUUUAUCCAGCUAUUAUUGAUAUUACGUAUAACAGCUUAACCAGAUAUCAGAAUUUAAUUACAUUUGCCAAUUUUUCAAAAUAUUGAUCUUUGAGUUGUUAUUCAAUUGGUGGACGAACAGGGACUUCCUGAUGUGUCGCUACAAUUUAAUAAAUUCAAAGAAUUAUUAUACAUAAAAUAUAAAAUGAGAAGCAACCAGCGAUGCUUCCAAGAGACUUUGCAAUUUCGAAUGAACGAUUAGAGUAUACUAAGGCGAUUGUAAACGUCCUAGGGAAUAUUCAUCAUUCGUUUGAUUUUAAAGAUGACCAGCGACAUCUUACACAUGAGGUAAAAAAUCCAGCAUUUUUCAUUUAAUUAUAUUAAGACUAACCAGUGAUAACUAUAAACACGUUAAAACCCAACGAUUUAAGAUUACUUCUUUUUGCAAAACGAUGUUUUUUUUUUCAAGCUAUCUAACAAAAUAUAUACCACUGCCAUAAUUUACAAUAAUUAUAUUUUUGUUAUUGUCCUUGUAGUCAAUAUAUAAAAUAUAUUAGUUUGAUUAAUUUUGUUUUUCGAAAAUACUAGCGUUACCAAUUUUUUAUUCGUUGAUACGAAAUAAUCAUCCAUCUUAUAAAAAUGUGAUAUGCUAUAACAGUGCCAUAUUUCUAUUACUGGUAAAACAAGCGAUAGGUAUGAUAACCAAGAUAUAGUAUAUAAAUUCAAACUGAUAUUGAUUUUAUAAGAUUAACGGGAAUAUAAUCUUUUCAUUGGAAAUUAUUGUAGUUGUAUAAAAUCUUAAGCUACGCAUUGUUUUCUCAUCCCAUCAAUAUAUUCAUGAAAAUGUAUUGUAAUAUAUAUAAGUAGCCUAAAACAAAUAUAUGUAACACCGAAAUAUAUUAGAAACAUAGAAACUCACAUGAAACAAUAAAGAGAAUCCAUGUUGUAUUUUCAUUUUUAAAACUA